AUGAUACUAGCAGGGGUUCUAAAGGCUGCUGCUAUGCACGUCGGACUUCACCGACCCGAUAUAUUAAGGGACUACUCGCGAGCGCCACACUCGAUCACCGGCGAAGCUUUGCGUGAAGUAAUCAAGGUCUGGUGCUGUACUUACAUUGCCAUUGAAAGCGUGGCGAUAGCAGAGGGCCAUCAGCCCUUUUUUGCAUCAGAUUAUAUGGUCGAGCAAGCAUGUGUAGCGUCUAAUCCACACAUGCUGCCACACAGAUUGUAUCAAGCAAUUUCCACACAGGCAUUCUGCAACAAGGUACACUUUGCAAUGUACGAUGUGAGUAAAAUGGACCAUGGAGAAGCUCAAAUCUCAAGAGCAUCACUCCUCAAAAUGAUGGAGUAUGAUCUUCGCGAGAUUGAAAGGCGCUCAGGCAGUGUCAGGACCUACCACGCAGAGCUCGACUUCUACUCAGCCAGCUUCCAGCUGCGAGCGUAUUGGUUGUUUGAUGGAAUAGAAAGCCCAGCACGGAAAGAGGGUAUCAUCAAGGCUUUCAACACCGGCGUGAAAUACCUUGAAAUCUUACGGCUUGGAGAAGCAGAAGGUCAUUCAAUCAAAUACCUCAGUCUUCUCACGUUACGGGUGAGUAGUGCUAUGGCAAUUUUUAUAUCCAAGGUACUCCACUCAACCUAUCGCGAGUACGUCAACAUCGAAGUCGCUACAAAUCUCUUCAAUUUCGUAAUUUCAAUGUACAAGCAAUACUCAGUCGAAGACAACGAUACAAACGGACGAACUACGAAAUUCCUGGCUCAGAUUUGGGUGAUCCACGCAGACUUAUUUAACACUCAUCCGCAACCACCAAGCAUUUCUCUCAACUCUCGUUUAUUCUUCAGUAUUGUACAUGAUUCGCUGUGGCAGUGGCGAGACAAAUAUGCAGGGAAAGCUGGUAAUGGGGCUCCAAAUCUUCCACCCCCUCUGGUACCAUCAGCCUCUCCGAGCCAGGAUUUCGAGGCCACUUCAGUGAGCCGGAGUGAAGCAGCUGUUGGCCACCCCGUGACCCUAUUCGAGAUGCCUGGAGAUCGCAUAGGAGCCAUAAACAGUACGCAACAGCCCAUAGGCUUGUCGACAAUUGACAACCAGCAGUUCACUGGACCAGAGCAUUUUCCGACAUGUGACCCUUCGGUAUGGCCUUCAAAUACAGGACUGCCGCAUGAUGACGCGCAACACAAUGGCGCAUUAGAUGGCUCAGGCGAGCUAGACUAUGAGAUGAUUUUUCCAGAAGGCGUUGUAAGCUGCUCGGAAGAUACAUGGUAUCGCUUAACGAGACAAGAGAGAUUUUGA